AGCGAGAGGAGCCUGAGCCCCGCCGGCGUCGGGCGGACGAGCGGAGCCGAGGCCCGUCGCUAGGCUCGGGGCCGCCGCCGCUGCGCCCGCCGCCAUGGCCUCGGGAGACACCUUGUACAUCGCCACGGACGGCUCGGAGAUGCCGGCCGAGAUCGUGGAGCUGCACGAGAUCGAGGUGGAGACCAUCCCGGUGGAGACCAUCGAGACCACCGUGGUGGGCGGCGAGGAGGAGGAGGAGGAGGACGACGACGACGAGUGCUGCGAGGACUGCGGCCCUCACCACCCGCCCCACCGCCGGCACCACCACCACCACCACCACCACCCGCCCAUGAUCGCCCUGCAGCCGCUCGUCACCGACGGCGACCCCAGCGGAGGCGGCGUGGGCGCCGGGGGCGGCCAGCUCCACCUGCACCACCACCCGCACCACCAGGAGGUGAUCCUGGUGCAGACCCGCGAGGAGGUGGUCGGCGGAGACGACUCGGACGGCUUGCGGGCAGACGACGGCUUCGAGGACCAGAUCCUCAUCCCCGUGCCGGCCCCGGCCGGAGAGGACGAGUACAUCGAGCAGACUCUGGUCACCGUCGCGGCCGCCGGGAGCAAGGGCGGCUCGGGAGGGGGAGGCUCCUCUUCGGGCGGCGGCCGGGUGAAGAAAGGUGGCGGCGGCGGCAGCAGCGGGAAGAAGAGCAGCAAGAAGAGUUACCUGGCCGGGGGAGGAGGCGGUGGUGGCGGCGCGGCCGAAGGGGGCGGCGGCGGCAGGAAAUGGGAGCAGAAGCAGGUGCAGAUCAAGACCCUGGAGGGGGAGUUCUCGGUCACCAUGUGGGCUUCGGAUGACAAAAAAGACAUUGACCAUGAGACUGUGGUGGAAGAGCAGAUCAUUGGUGAGAACUCCCCUCCAGACUACUCUGAAUACAUGACAGGAAAGAAGCUACCACCUGGAGGAAUACCUGGCAUCGAUCUUUCAGACCCUAAACAGCUGGCUGAAUUUGCAAGAAUGAAGCCAAGAAAAAUCAAAGAAGAUGAUGCUCCAAGAACGAUAGCCUGUCCUCAUAAAGGCUGCACAAAGAUGUUCAGGGACAACUCUGCCAUGCGGAAGCACCUGCACACUCACGGGCCUCGAGUACACGUCUGUGCGGAAUGCGGCAAGGCCUUUGUGGAGAGCUCAAAACUAAAGCGGCACCAGCUAGUUCAUACAGGAGAGAAGCCCUUUCAGUGCACGUUCGAAGGUUGUGGCAAACGCUUUUCACUGGACUUCAAUUUGCGCACACAUGUGCGAAUUCAUACUGGAGACAGGCCCUAUGUGUGCCCUUUUGAUGGCUGUAAUAAGAAGUUCGCUCAGUCAACUAACCUGAAAUCUCACAUCUUAACACAUGCUAAGGCCAAAAACAACCAGUGAAACUCUGCAAGAAGAAAGCUCUUGGACUCAAAGCAUAUUACUUUACAGGAGAAUGGUUGAAAAUGAAUAAGCCUCCCCUUUGUAUAUUGUUUCUAGGAAAGAAUUUAAAAAAACAAACAAAAAAAGAACCCUACACGCCUAAAGGACUUGUUUUUGAUAAAGUGGCAAAAUAAACUAAGGGUGCAAUGCUCAAUUUUGCUCUAUAAUUUGGGUUUCGAGAGUACGGUGUUUUUGUAAAGCGUGGCCCCACCUGGAGGAGGCAAGACAGUUCAUGGACUUGCAUCAAAGACAGUUCUUUCUACAACAGUGCUAAAAUUGGACUUUUCACAUUGUUAUAAAUAUGGAGCUCACCUGUUGCUUACAAUUUUUUAAUUUUGUAUUUUCCAAGUGUGCAUAUUGUACACUUUUUGGGGAUAUGCUUAGUAAUGCUAUGUGUGAUUUUUUUCUGGAGGUUGAUAACUUUGCUUGCAGUAGAUUUUCUUUAAAAGAAUGGGCAGUUACAUGCAUACUUCAAAAGUAUUUUCCUGUAAAGAGAAAAAAAGUUAUAUAGGUUUUGUUUGCUAUCUUAAUUUUUUUGGUUGUAUUCUUUGAUGUUAACACAUUUUGUAUAAUUGUAUCGUAUAGCUGUAAUGAAAUCAUGUAGUAACAAAUAUUAGAUGUGAUUUAAUAGUGUUAAUCAACUUAAACCCAUUUUAGUCACUUUUUUGGGAAAAAUACUGCCAGAUGCUGAUGUUCCGUGUACUUUCUCUUUGCCUGUUCAGUUAAGGAAAGUGGUGCUCAGUUGUAGAAUGUAUUGUACAGGCACUGACCUUUUAACAACACCUGAUAUGUACAUCCCGUGUAAUAGAGUGGGCAAAAAAUAAAACAGUGGUCCUGAAGAAAGAAUAUGGCAGAAAACAA